AUGUUAUUUCCACUCCUCCUCCCUGUAUUAGCAUUCCUCCCCUGCGUACUCUCGAAAACCGUCACCUAUGACUUCAACAUAACCUGGACCACCGCAAACCCCGACGGCAAAUUUGAGCGUAAAGUCAUCGGUAUCAAUGGAAAAUGGCCAAUUCCUACCAUCGAGGUCGACAAAGGCGACCGGGUGAUUGUGAAUAUGUACAAUGGCCUGGGAGACCAGAAAACAAGUCUGCAUUGGCACGGUCUUUUCAUGAAUGGGACGAGUUACAUGGAUGGGCCCGUGGGAGUGACCCAAUGCGCGGUUGCGCCAGGACAGAGCAUCGUAUAUGAUUUCGUUGUCGACCAGCCAGGCACAUACUGGUACCACUCGCAUCUGAAGGGCCAAUACCCCGACGGCCUGCGGGGCGCCUUCAUCGUCAAUGACCCCGACGAUCCACACAAGGACCUCUACGACUCCGAGAUCGUGCUGACCUUCUCCGACUGGUACCACCAGCAGAUGCCAUCACUCAUUAAGCGCUUCCUCUCCGUUGCCAACCCCACCGGCGCCGAACCCGUCCCGCAGUCCGCCUUGAUCAACGAAACACAGAACCUAACCGUCUCUGUCGAGCCCGGCAAGACGUACCUCUUCCGCCUGAUCAACAUCGGUGCCUUUGCGGCGCACUAUGUGUGGUUUGAGGGCCACACCAUGCAGGUUGUCGAGGUUGACGGCGUCUACACGAAGCCGAUGGAUGCGCAGAUGCUGUACCUGACGGCCGCGCAGAGGGUUGCGGUGUUGGUAACGAUGGGGAACGACACGAGUAGUAACUUCCCGUUUAUGGGAAGUAUGGACGAGGAUCUGUUUGACCAGGUUCCCGAGGGGCUGCAGUCGAACGUGACGGGGUGGUUGGUCUACGAUUCGAGGAAUGAGAAUCCGCCCGCGAAGGAGAUUUCGGAGUUUGAUCCGUUUGAUGAUUUCUUGCUGGAGCCGGUGGAUGAGGAGCCGUUGCUGGAGAACCCGGCGACUUCCAUUACGUUGGAUGUUGUUAUGGAUAAUCUUGGAGAUGGAGCAAACUAUGCUUUCUUCUCAGGAAUCACCUACGUCGCCCCAAAAGUCCCAACUCUCUACACCGUCCUAUCCUCUGGAAACCUCAGCACAAACCCGGUGAUAUAUGGCUAUAACACAAACUCGCAUAUCCUUAGACACAACGACGUGAUAGAGAUUGUAAUCAACAAUCUCGACCCAGGGAAACAUCCCUUCCAUCUUCACGGCCACAACUUCCAAGUAAUCUACCGCAGCCCCGACGACGCUGGCGCCUACGACCCCACCGCGACCCACGACAACCCCGCCAUCCCCAUGCGCCGCGACGUAGUCCUCGUCAAUCCCAACGGCAACCUCGUCCUGCGCUUCCGCGCCGACAACCCAGGCGUCUGGUUCUUCCACUGCCAUCUCGAAUGGCACAUCGUCUCCGGUCUUGCCACAACAUUUGUCGAAGCGCCGCCGCAGCUGCAGUCGCAGGUGGUGCCGCAGGACCACCUCGAUAUCUGCACGGCGCAGGGGCUGUCGACGGAGGGAAAUGCGGCGGGGAAUAAGGUGGACUUUUUGGACCUCACUGGGGAGAAUAGGAGUCCCGACCCGCUACCGGCGGGCUUUGAGGCGAGGGGGAUUGUGGCGUUGGUGUUUAGUUGUGUCGCGGCCGUGGGAGGGAUGAUGGUCGUGGUGUGGUAUGGGAUGGCGGACGUGCCGAAGUAG